AUGGCAGAAGAAGCUCCAGUAGCUCCAGCAGCCGCUCCGGCUAAAGCGGCCAAGAAGAAGACUCCCAAGGCCAAGAAGAGCGGGCCCAGCGUCGGCGAGCUCAUCCUGAAGACUGUGGCCGCAUCCAAGGAGCGGAGCGGGGUGUCCCUGGCUGCUCUCAAGAAGGCUCUGUCUGCCGGAGGCUACGAUGUGGACAAGAACAAGGCCCGCGUCAAGACCGCCGUCAAGAGCUUGGUGGCAAAGGGAGCCCUGACUCAGGUCAAGGGGGCCGGAGCCUCUGGAUCCUUCAAGAUGUGCAAGAAGGCAGCGGAGCCCAAGAAGGCAGCCAAGAAGAAAGCUCCUGCUAAAGCCAAGAAGCCCGCAGCAAAGAAACCCAAAGCGGCCAAGAAGCCCAAGAAAGCGCCAGCUAAGAAACCAGCAGCUGCUAAGAACAAGUCUCCCAAGAAGGCCGCCAACAAAGCCAAAGCAGCGCCCAAGAAAGCAGCCAAGAGCCCCAAGAAGGCAGCACCCAAGAAGCCCGCAGCACCCAAGAAGGCCCCCAAAGCCAAGAAAGCACCAGCAAAGAAGCAAGCCAAGCCCAAAGCCAAGAAGGCAGCACCCAAGAAGAAGUGA